AUGUUGCGUCUCGUUGAACUUGAAGAAUCUGUUUUACUCGCUCAGCAAGAUUUGCUCAAAACUCGUCGAACAUCGAUGAGUAGUGUUGCCGAUAAUGAACAAGAUGCGCAGAAGCGCAAUGGAAGUAAUGUUAAAGGCCUUUGGCGUGAUGCAUUUAAAGCUUUAAAAACUGCAACAGUUGCUAGUGGAACUUCUACCAAUGAAAAUCGUUCGUCAUUCGUACGGCGACUCUCGUCAAGAAAGAAAAAAAAUAGUGAACGUGAUCGUGAACGCGAACGUGAAAAAGAAGAAGAUAAACCAGUGAUUGAUCCAGUAUAUGAAACAUUAAGAGUAGCAGCUGAAACACGUAAGAGAACAUUAGCAAAUUAUAUACAACAACGACAGCAAACGCUCAAUAAACAAACAUCACUCAUUAGUCAAGAAUCAUCAGAUGUUGAUACUCAACCAUCACCAAGAGCAUCACAUUAUAAUGAUUUAGCUUCACCAUCACAAUCACAAGCAACAUCAUCAUUUUCAUCAUCAGGUAAACAAUCUUCAAUAAACAUUUUUUCUCAAAACAAAAUCAAUUAA